AUGGUCUUCCUGGAGCUGUUCCUGCAGACAGUUGAGAAGCACUUCAUGGUGGGACACAGGAACCUACUACGUCUUCACCAAUCAGUUGCCUGCCGGGCCCCAUGUGCCCCUCCGGGAAGGCCGGAAGGUGAUGGUCCUCGAGGUCCCCGGCAGCCCGUGCAGGGAGGACGUGUCCAUGAAGAGCACGUGAUGAUCCGCCGCUUCUUUAAGCAGCUCUUCCUGUCAUCACGCGCUGAAAUAAAGUUCUCAGACACCAAUCUGAGCGGCCAUGCCGGACUGCCUCUGCAAGUGCCUCCUUUCCUGCCAGGCACCACCAGCCUACAGGCUCGGAGGUUGGACAGCCUGACAACCUCCAGCCCUGGGGACCAAGCUGCUGUGGGUGCCGGGUCACCUGCCGGCUCCUGGUUUCCUCCUGAAGUCACUGCAGGCACCAGCCCUCCCUCCAGAUCCGGCUCUAGCUCCUCAGGCGGUGGAGCAGCUGUGAGUGGAGAAAAGCUCACCCCCGUGCCUGCUCUCUGUGGGCCUUUGCAGAGACAGAGCCCAGCCCAGGGCCUCCCAGAGAAGCCACAGCCGGAGGAACCUUCACGGGGACGUCUCCCCGACUGCAGUCCACCAGCUGGGGGCCCUGUGCCCAGUCGUUGCUCCUGGCCCCACACCAGCCUCUGGGGCCUCCUCCCUGUGGUGCCAGCCCCGACACAUCCCCACACACCACAAACACCCAGCCCCAGCCUUCUCACCCUCGGCCUCGGCCUCCAUGGGUUCCGGCUCCUGGUGCCCACUGGUGCCCCCUGUGGGUUACGGUUCAGGCAGAACCCACCGGGAAGUGGCCGUAUCGUCGGAGGGCAGGAUGCAACCAUCGGGGCCUGGCCCUGGAUGGUCAGCCUCCAGGUCUUCACGUCCCACAAUAACCGAAGGUACCAUGCGUGCGGAGGCACCUUGCUGAACUCCCAUUGGCUGCUUACUGCUGCCCACUGCUUCGUCUCCAAAAAAAAAGUAUAUGACUGGAGACUGAUUUUUGGAGCAAGGGAAAUUGUGUAUGGGAAUGAUAAGCCAGCGAAGCCGCCUCAACAGGAGAGCUAUGUCGAGAAAAUCAUCAUUCAUGAGGAAUACAUCCCCAGUUUAGAGCACAAUGACAUCGCUCUCAUGAAGAUCACCCCUCCCGUUCCCUGUGGGCAAUUCAUUGGUAUGGGCUGCCUGCCCCAAUUUAGGGCGGACCCACCUAGAUUUCCCCCGGCCUGCUGGGUGAUUGGCUGGGGAUUCUUGAAAGAGAAAG